UUUUGUUAUUUUAGACGUAGGCUCCAAGAUGAGCGACAACCUGUUCGCUAAGUUGGACAGGCUUUCGUUAGAAUUUGUUUUCCAGUAUCAGCAAGACGUAAGCACUAAAGAAGAUGUGGUUCAAAGAAUUAAUAAAUGCCUUGAAGAUAUUAAAGAAAGAAAAGAAACAAUUUGUAAGAUACAUGAAAGUAUAAGUAAAACAGAUGAGGACAUUACUCAUUACUGUAAACAUAGUGAGAAGAUCAAAGACAGCUGUAGUAACUGGAAGCCAACAUAUGAUGUUUUUCAUAAACAUGAAGAUUAUAUACAGGGCCAACUUACUAUUUAUCAAGAAACUAUUGAAAAAGACAAAAAAAUGUAUUAUAGUUAUAUAAAUCAGUAUAAAGAUGUUUUAAAGCAAUACCAACUAAAAUACUCAGAAAUACCCCUUUCACGUGACUAUUAUGAGAAGAAAAGAGAAUAUGAAGAAAUUAAAAACAGAGCGUUGGCAUGUACUGAGCAACUGAAAACAAAUGAAAGUAUCCUUAAGGAAUUUCAAGUGCCUGCACCCUUUCCAUCACUUUCUACCUGGACAUUAUACAUAGUUAAUUUGAGAUUUAAAACAGAAGAUAUUCUUAAACAUGCCAACAAUUUUAUGAAAAAUUCAUCUCAGUUAAAGAAAGAAACAAAUGAAGCAGAAAUAGAAAUUAAUUCUUUAAACAAGGAGAUUGUAAGACUUUAUGAGAGUAAAAAUCUUUCAGAAACUCUGGAAGAAAACAACAAAAAUACAGGAAAGAGAAAGGAAUUGAAAGAAAGAAUAUUUGAAAAAGAUGAGCAUGUAUUCAGUAAAACUCCUCAAGGCAGUCAAUUAUAUCAGCCCUACGAAUCUCAGCAAUUUGUAAGACCAAUGAAAAUGCAGUGGUCAGAACAAAAAGUUGCAGAUAAAGAAGAAGAAAGUUCUGCGAAGCGGGCAAAGCUUGCCAAUACUGAUUUCAGACAGAAAGAAAAUAAUACACAGGUAUCCAGUGACUCUGAUGUGAAUAACCAUUCACGUGUUACAACUAUUAAAAAUGCAUACCAUUUUAUGCAAUUAAGAUUAACUCCACAGAAACAAUCAAAUUAUAAACAGUGGUUUGAAAAAGAACAUACAGAUGCUGAGUGUGGAGAUAAAGGGACAGGAAGACAAGUAAGAGAACUGAAAUGUACUUCACAAGGUAUAUGUACAGAACCUUUUGGAGAGUCAAUAGAAAAUAAUAGUGACAAUGCAGAAGAAAUGGCUGAGAAUUUUCCACAAACUCCUGACGUUCCUUUAUUUUCAAGAACUCCUGAAGCUAUAAAGAUACCUGAAUCUUUGGAGAAAAUGCAGCUCUCUAAAACCCCCUCAUUUGAAAUAAAUAGAAAUACAGUUUCCGAAGGUCAAUCACAAACAGAGUCUUCUGGAUUUUCAUUUCUUAUGAGUUAUAGCUCUAGAUCACCUGGAUUGAAUUUAUUUGAUUCUUCUAUAUUUGAUUCAGAAAUAUCAUCAAAUCAGCUUAGUGAACAUUGUCAUUCUGCAAUCAAUCCCAGUCCUCCAUCAUCACAAGAAAUCGGAAAUGUAUUUGGGAAACGAGAAGAUGCCUUUACGUUUUCAUUUUCAUCUGACACUUCAACUCGUACAUUUGGAGCUGGAAAAGAUGAUUUUGUUUUUCCAUUUUCUUUGGAACAGGAUCAAAAUUCUAUACCUUCCUCUUCAGAAAGUUUUUCAACAUCUUCACAAAAUAUAACACGAUUUAAUCUUUUCUGAACCAGUUUUUAAAAUUAUUUUAAUCUCUGUAGUCAUCUAUGUCAUAAAUUUAUACUAUUACUGAAAACAUCACGAUACUUUCUUUUGUUGAUGAAAGUAAUAAUAGAUUACUAUAGUUAUAUUAUUUGAUUAUAAAUAUUUACAUAUU